AUGAAGCCAUCCAUGCUCAGAUCCAUCCACUCCGCCGUCUCCCGCAGCCGCUCCCAGCUACUCCGCCGUGGCUACGCUACCGAACCCGUUCCAGAACGCAAGGUCGCCAUUCUCGGCGCUGCCGGCGGGAUCGGUCAGCCCCUCUCCCUUCUGAUGAAGCUUAAUCCUCUCGUUUCAACCCUAUCUCUUUACGAUAUCGCUGGAACUCCUGGUGUUGCCGCCGAUGUUAGCCACAUCAACUCCAGAUCUGAGGUUGCUGGGUUUGCUGGUGAGGAAGAGCUUGGUAAAGCUUUGGAGGGUGCUGAUGUUGUUAUAAUUCCUGCUGGUGUGCCAAGAAAGCCUGGAAUGACUCGUGAUGAUCUUUUCAACAUUAAUGCUGGCAUUGUCAAGUCGCUUGCCACUGCUAUUUCUAAGUAUUGCCCCCAUGCCCUUGUUAACAUGAUCAGCAACCCUGUGAACUCCACAGUUCCCAUUGCUGCAGAGGUUUUCAAGAAGGCAGGGACAUAUGACGAAAAGAGAUUGUUUGGGGUUACAACCCUUGACGUGGUUAGGGCAAAAACUUUCUAUGCUGGGAAAGCUAGAGUUCCAGUUGCCGAUGUCAAUGUACCUGUUAUAGGAGGCCAUGCAGGAGUUACUAUUCUUCCACUAUUUUCUCAGGCAACACCUUCUGCCAAUCUGGAUGCUGAUGUCAUUGAGGCUCUAACAAGGAGGACACAAGAUGGAGGAACAGAAGUUGUAACUGCCAAGGCUGGAAAGGGUUCUGCAACUUUGUCGAUGGCUUAUGCUGGAGCCAUUUUUGCUGAUGCUUGCCUCAAAGGUCUUAACGGAGUUCCAGAUGUUGUCGAGUGCUCAUAUGUGCAAUCUAAUAUCAUCAGUGAACUUCCUUUCUUUGCUUCCAAGGUGAGGAUUGGGAAGAAUGGUGUUGAGGAAAUUCUGGGCUUAGGUACUCUCUCAGAUUUCGAGCAAGAAGGUCUCGAAAAACUCAAAUCUGAACUCAAAUCAUCUAUUGAAAAGGGAAUCAAAUUUGCCUCCCAGUAA